AUGGAGAAGCAGUCCAGGUGGUCGGAGCAGCGCUCCGAGCAGCGUUCCGAGCAGCGCUCCGAGCAGCGCACCGAGCAGCACAGCGAGCGGCGUGAACACCUGGUGCAGCAGCAGGAGCGCGUGCAACGCACCGAGCACCACUACACGCACCAGAUGCUCACGCAGCAACGAUUGGAAAGCGCCGGUGAUCGUAUGCCAAUUACUGCAGGCAGACCCGGGGAGCCUUCUCCACCAAUAUUUGAGCAAAUAUUUAAAAAUGCGAGAUUUGCUCAAGGUGGUAACGCGAAGUUUGAAGGCAAACUUAGGGGUAAUCCUACGCCAGUUGUUUCAUGGACAAGAAAAAAGGCUCCAUUAGUGGAAUGCAAUAAAUAUAGUAUGAAUUACAAUGAACAGACUGGUGAUGUUUCGUUGCUCAUCAAGCAAAUUGGACCUGGUGAUGAAGGUGGGGCCUCGACGCUGGACAUUCCGCGAGCCAAGGCGUCGGAUGCGGCAUGGUACCAGUGUACGGCCCAGAACGUCGCAGGCUCCACCGCUACUCGAGCGAGGCUCUAUGUAGAAGUACCUAAGGAGCCUCUGCCCGAACAAAAACGUCUGCACUUACCGCGACCUACAAAGAUCAUCGAGCCAGAACCCGCUCCUGGACCCGAAAUUAUAUAUUUAAGACAUGUAGAAAGAGCUCGCCCAUACAUUCCUCCAGGAGAAGAAGAUAGAGUAUAUCCUCCACCACAAUUUAUUAUUCCACUCAAAAGUCUUACCCAGAUGGAAGGUGGAAAAAUACAUUUUGAAACAAGAAUAGAACCUGUAGGUGAUCCUUCUAUGAAGAUUGAAUGGUUAAGAAAUGGUCAAAGUAUUGAAGCCAGUUCUAGAUUUACGUCUGUUUUUAGAUUUGGUUACAUAUCGUUAGAUAUGCUUAGUCUUAAUAUACAAGACAGUGGAGAAUAUACAUGCCGAGCUGUCAGUAGUACAGGCGUGGCCGAAACUAAGGCCAUAUUACAUGUAACCCCAAGAGCAACCAUUGAAAGGGCUAGCCAACACCCUGAAAGUUUACAAUAUAUACAGCAGCUGGAGGAUUAUUCAAGGUACGCACAUCAAGAAUCAAUUGAGGAACAGAUUUCUCAGCGCCCACAGUUUAUAAAGCCUUUGCAAGAUCUCGGAGAACUUCAGGAGGGCAGAAAUGCUCAUUUCGAAGCUCAACUUACUCCUGUAAGUGAUCCUACUAUGAGAGUUGAGUGGUACAAAGAUGGUAGACCAAUUACAGCCAGUUCGCGAAUCACGUCAAUCUUCAACUUCGGUUACGUCUCCCUUAACAUCAUGCACCUACGGGCUGAAGAUGCAGGUUCGUAUACAGUGAGGGCUGUUAAUAAACUUGGCGAAGCUGUCAGUACCGCAACAAUCAGAGUAGCAGCCAGGAGUACCGUUACUUCUGACCUCGGCAUUCCAGAGCAGAGAAGAUAUAUAGAAAAAACCGAACAGCUAGAAGCAUAUCAACAACAACAACAUCAGAAAUAUUACCAAGAGGUACCGGAAAGUACUCAAAGACCAGAAUUUAAAACCCCAAUAAAAGAUCAAAUAAAUAUUAAGGAAGGAGGAUUUGCUCAUUUUGAAGCUCGUUUGGAGCCAGUGGGUGAUUCUACAUUAAAAGUAGAAUGGUUGAAGGAUGGACGCCCUGUUGAAGCGAGUUCUAGAAUCACCACCUUCUUCAACUUCGGAUAUGUUGCAUUAACCAUUAAGUCUGUAACUAUUCAUGACGCUGGCCAUUACACAUGUCGUGCUUACAAUGCUCUUGGUCAAGCGACGACAAGUGCUAAUCUAACUAUUAUAACAAAGAAAGACAUAAUAGCCGAAUCACAGCACCCUGGAGGUUUGGAAAAAAUUCAAUACUUAGAAGAUUCGAGUAAAUAUUCAAGACGAACUGAAGAAGAAUUGCAAAUUACACAAAAACCUCGAUUUUUGGGCCCAUUAAAAGGUACAAAUAAAAUAGUUGAAGGUCAAAGUGCUCACUUUGAAGCAAGAGUAGAGCCGCAAAGUGACUUGACUAUGACCGUAGAAUGGUAUUUUAAUGGCAAGUUAAUUAAAUCAGCAAAUCGAAUUCAAACUUAUCAUGACUUUGGAUAUGUAGCGUUAGAUAUAUCAGGUGUACGAUCAGAUGACACUGGAGUUUACACUGUUGUUGCACGCAAUGCUGCCGGUGAAGCGCAAUUAAGUGCUUCAAUGACAGUUGAAACUCGAUCUAGUAUUGACACAUCAAGCAUUCAUCGUGGAUUGUAUGAAAAGACACGACAAAUAGAAGAAUCUAAAUUUGUGGAACCAAUGUAUCACAUAGAGCAAAUUUCCAAAUCAAAGCCUGUUUUUAUUCAACCGUUGUCAGAUCCACAACCGGUGUCUGAAGGAAAAAAUAUUCAUUUAGAAUGCCGUUUGGAGCCGAUGGGAGAUCCUACUAUGAGAGUUGAAUGGUAUCAUAAUGGAAGGGCAGUUACAGUGGGGUCACGGUUUCGAACUUACUAUGACUUUGGAUUCGUAGCCUUGGAUAUAAUUCAUGCUACUUCUGCCGAUUCCGGCGAAUAUACAGUCCGAGCAGUUAAUCAUCUAGGUUCUGCUCACACUUCUGCUAUGGUACGUGUAAUAGAAAGGUCGGAUGUACUCACAGAUACGCAAAACGAACAAGCGAUUGAGCAAAUACAGCUACUAGAAGAUUCUGCACGUCGAACCAGGCAACAACAAGAAGACAUCACUGUCAUGCAAGCACCACAUUUUUCUCGAGCUCUGCAUAAUAUCGAGACAAUAGAGGGCACUAAUGUUCACUUGGAAUGCAGGUUGCAACCAGUAGGUGAUCCUACUAUGAAGGUGGAAUGGUUUUGUAACGGCCGACCAAUAAAAACGGGGCAUAGAUUUAGACCAGCUUAUGAAUUUGAUUACGUUGCACUUGAUCUUUUAAGUGUGUAUCCUGAAGACUCGGGUGUCUACACAUGUCAAGCGACAAAUCAGCUUGGUGAGGCGGUUACUUCGUGUGCUUUACGUGUAAUAGCUAAAAAGGAUCUAAUUUUUGAAUCCCAGCACCCAUCAGGCCUAGAAAAGAUUCAAUACUUAGAAGAUGCCUCUCGCUACAAGAAAUCAGAGAUAAUUGAUGAAACUUUUAAUAUCAAACCUCGCUUUGUUACUAAACCCAAGUCCAUCGAUAACGUCAAGGAGAGACAUCACGUACAUUUUGAAUGUAAAUUAGAACCAGUAACGGAUCCCAAUUUGAAGGUUGAAUGGUUUAAAAAUGGUCAGCCUGUAACCAUUGGCCAUCGAUUUAGACCCAUACAUGACUUUGGUUACGUAGCACUAGAUAUAAUAGAUUUGAUUGCUGAAGAUUCCGGUAUAUACACAUGCCGAGCCGUUAACUUAGUUGGAAGUGACGAAGUAACUUGCAAAUUAUCUUGCCGCAGCACGGCUGAUAUUAUCAGGGCUACCCAAAAUGAGGCUGGUUUAGAACAGAUACAAGUUCUUGAAGAUCGAUCCAAAUAUUCCAAAACCAGCGUUAUAGAUGAAGCUACUACACAAGCACCAAUAUUUACAACCUCUCUCAAGAACAUUGAAAUAAAAGAAGGCCAACGCGCUCACUUUGAAUGCCGUCUUAUACCAGUAUCGGAUUCAACAAUGAAGCACUUGAUA